AUGGCCAGUAUCUCAGUGGAUGGUCUCACAAUCGGCACUUCAGUAUUAUUAAUUGCCUGCUACACAGUAGAACAACGAUACCGUAAGCAAUACACCCGCAAGAUGAUGUCGCCCAAUCGUACCUUGUUAAUGUGUGCAAUCAUUGGUUUAGCUGUGAUAAUUUGUGUCACAACUGUUGAAGCAGAACUUCAACUUGUGACCGUGUUGUUUAGACACGGUGAUAGAACGCCUGAUGACACUGAUAAUGAGAAGUAUCCAAAUGACCCAUAUCUCAACUCCGAUUUCUAUCCAAUGGGCCGUGGACAAUUAACUAAUCAAGGUAAACGGCGGGAAUACACCCUUGGAAAAUUUCUACGAAUGAAAUAUGGAAGAUUUUUGGGAGACAUUUACACGCCAGAUACAGCUAAUUGCCUUAGUUCAGACUAUGACAGAACGAAAAUGUCACUGCAACUAGUGCUGGCAGGACUGUUUCCACCAAACAAAGAACAAAAAUGGAAUGCGAUGUUAAAUUGGCAACCAAUUCCAGCAAAUUAUGUGCGACGCUUCGAAGACAACUUCUUUCUUGGAGAAGAAUGUCCUAUGUAUUUAAAUGAAUACGAUAAGGUACUGAGGUCAGUGCAAGGACAGCAAGGACUUUCCCGAUACAGCGAGUUCAUGAAAAAUUUAACUGCAUGGACUGGAAAGAAUAUAACUACGCCAUGGGAUAUGUAUUACAUGUACCAUACAUUAAUGGCUGAAUAUUCUCUUGGUCUCACUUUACCAGAUUGGGCAUAUACAGUGUUCCCAAACGGUGAAUUAUGGAACGGAACAGUAUACGCGUACGAUGCUGCCUGUGCAACUACUUUACUGCAAAGACUAAGUGGAGGGCCGUAUCUUCGGGACGUCACGAAAAUAAUGUUAAACGUUAUAACUGGCAAACCGGGGAACGAAAAGAAGAUACAUCUAUACAGUGGACACGAAAGUAACAUUGCUGCUGUAAUGCACUGCCUUCAAGUAUACUAUCCUCAUGUUCCUGAAUAUUCCAGUGCCCUGAUACUGGAACUUCAUAAAAUAGAGUACGACUACUAUGUGAAGGUCAUAAACUACUUGGGAAUACCAUCGAAGGGAGUAGAACUUCAACUACCCGGUUGUGAUAAACUGUGUCCAUUCGAUACAUAUUUGGAAUUGAUAGAAGAUGUACUUCCAUCCGAUGAUGAAUUGAUAUGUGACAAGGGUCUGACUAAUGAUUACGCUAAUACCAGGUCUGAAAAUGAACGCGAUUCAAUGAAAUACAACUUAAUCAGGACUGCAAGAGCAUACGGAAAUGAGUAAUCAACAGUUCAGUGUCACAAAAUUAAUCAAGUAACCUGUCAACUGGGUAAUUUUUCGAUGAACAGACAGUCAUUCAUUCUAAUUUUUAUCGAAGGAAUUUAAUAAAAACAAAUAAUUGCUCCUAACACAGAUCUAACUUGAACAUGCUUAAUAAAUCAAUACUGUGAACAUUUGAAUGA